CCAGAUAAACAACAUGGCGUACUCCUUCGACUGGAUGAGCAAAGACGAAGUUAUCUCCGAAAUAUUCAAUAAAUACGACACAACUUUAACCGGAGAACUAGCACCAUACCAACUCCAAGCUCUUCAUGCCGAGAUAAGAGAUGGUGGAAUAAGUUUAGCUCAAGUAGAAGCCUCGAUAUCUGAGGUUUGUGCGACAGACACUUGUGAUAAAGAUGAACUUCACGAUGUGUUAAACGAGAUGGAUCGAAGAUAUUUCUUGGUGAAGGACCUUCAGUGGGAGUUUAAUAUGCUGGAUAGAGAACGUAAAGGAACUAUUAGUGAGAGAAAUGCAAGGUUCUUGUUCCAAGCGGUUCACGAUGACUUUUUUUCGCAAAAAAGAUGGUUGAAAUUCCUGCGUUGUCGGCCAGCUCCAGGAUCAGAGAUCAGCUUUGCAGAGAUUGAAGUACCUCUAUGUAAUAUUCCAACUUUAGAUUGGAUAGAAGAAGAGAGAGAAGAAGAAGAACAGAAAAAAGACGCACUAUUGAGUAUGAAACAGAAAAAGGAAAUGGAAAAAGAAGCAGAGAGAAAGAAGUCWGAAGAACUGGCGAAAUUAGAACAAGAAGCUGAAAGAAGAAGACAAGAAGCUGCCAAAAGGAAGAAAGUCGAAGAAGAAGCAAGAAACAGAGCUGAAGAAGAAGAACGAAAAUACCGCCUUCAAAAAGAAGAGGAAGCCAAGGAUUUGUUAAAACGCGAGGCAGAAGCAAGGAAACUAUUAGAGGAAGAAGAGAAGAGGUUGGAGGAAGAACGACAAAGACUAGAAGAGGAAGAAAAACGGAAACAAGAAGAAGAAGAAAAGAGAAGGGAGGAAGAGUUAGCGCAGCAAAAAUGGAAAAAGGAAGAGUUACUAAAGCAGCAGAAGUUGGAGAGAGAAAAAGAAGAAAAAGAGAGAGAGGAAAGGCUUCAGAGAGAAAAAGAAGAAGGAAUGGAAGCAGAAGACCUUGCUGAGGAGGCAGCAGAAGCCGAAAUUGCUGCUGCAGAAGCGGCACAGAAAGCAGCAGAAGCUGCAAAGCAGGCCACAGAUGAAGCAAGCCGCAAAGCUGCUGAAGAAGCUGAGAAGAAAGCUCUUGCCGAGGCAUUGGCUAACAAGGAGAAGAGACUGAGAGCCAACCUAAAGGCUUCAGUCAAGUCUAGGAAGAUUAAUAAACUGGAACCAGCUAUUUCAGAGGCCAAAGCUGCCAAAAUACCAACUCUGAAGAAAGAUAUUGAUGAGGCACAGAAAACACUAGAUAAUGUAAAAGCCGGCAAGGCCUUGAAAGAUGCAAUCAACAGCCGUCACCUUGGUGAUAUAGAAAAAUCAAUGUCAUCCAUUCGUAAGAAUGGAUGGGAAAAGGAUUGGGGACCCGAGCUGAAGGAAGGAGAGAGACUAGCAAACAGGCUGCGUAGGCUGGAGAAAAUCAGGGCUGAAAUCUUGGAACUCAAACAGAGUGUUAUUUCUGAAAUCCGUAGUUAUCAGAAUCCACCGCCUGCAGUUCAUAAGGUGAUGAUAGCUGUCUAUAUUCUUCUUGGCUAUAAAGAGAAGGAGUUACUCAACUGGAAGCACAUGCAAGCACUGCUGGGUAAAACAGGCAAAGAAGGGUUAAAACGACAGGUUACUUCACUGGAUCCCCUUCAUGUUGAAAUGGACCAUGCUUUAUAUGCUCAUUCAAAGUACCUCGAAGAACUGGACUUAGAAAUAGUGAGGGACAUCAGUGCUGGAGCUGCUACAUUUUAUGCUUGGGCCACAAACAUGAUUGAAGAAGUACAUUCUGUUGCUGAAAACAAAGAACGACUUUUGGAGGAAGAAAGGUUACGGAAAUUAGAGGAAGCUGAAGAAAAGAAGAAAGAGGAAGAGAGAAAAAAAGCAAAAGAAUCUGGGAAAAGAAGAACACCAUUGGUGAAGAGGACUUCUCAGAUGCCUGCAAGAAGGUCUYCUAAGGAUGAACAAGGAGGCAGAAAAACAUCCAGGGACAAUAGUGUUGGGAGAAAAACAUCCCAGGAAGAUUCCAGAGCUAGAAGUAGAAGUCUGUCUAAAGGGAGGGAAAAUACUACUGACAGAUUGAGUAAAUCACCAGCAAGACCUGGGAUAGCAAAGAGAACAAGCAGUAAAUCCCCUGCAAGGACUUGAAACUUUGUAAUUAUUUAUUUAAACCUGUGAGAAACAGCAGUAAUCUUAAAGAAUAUGACCCCCAUAUCAGUGUUGGUAGGUAUUGGCCAACAGCAUGUCAUUGAAAUACAGCCAUCCUACCAACACUCACAACGUAAUAUGGUGCAGAUACUGGCCUCUCCUUUGACAAGCUACAGCAUGUUCAUUCAGGAAAAAGAACAAGCAUUUUGAAGAAAUAUUUUAAAAAUUCAAUCAUUAGAAAUGUAAAUAAAUCUAACCGGUUUUCUUAUUUUUUUGUAGGCAAAUAGUUUUUUAUUUAACCACUGGAAAGCUUACAAACUGUACUAUUAUUAACCUUGCAUGUAAAUAAUCAUUCCUUCAACCACUUCUGUGCAAAGCACUUGAAGCAACUAGACUUUAAUCUCUUAAGACAAAACUAUCUAUAACAUAGCGAUAUAGUGUGUGCUUUGAUUGGUUAAUUAGCUUGCAAGAAAAAGAAUCCAAAAAUCUCCUUUGGCUCAGAAAAACCUUUUUUGAAAUAGGUGCAUGUGUUUUGGGUUUGAAGCAGAUAUAACACAUUAUCAGUUAUAAAUUGUCAAUGCAUGUAAGAUUAAAGAUUCCUGUACAGACAGAUACAUGCAGAUUCUUAUACUUAUUAAAGGUUGCAUCUGCAGAACAAAACAGUCAAACAGAACAGCCCUAUGUCCUUACUCUAUCUUGGUUAUUGAUUAAGCAGUCUGUAACCCAUGCGAGCAGCUUCAGCUAGACUAUAAAUAAGAAUAAAAAACAAUGAGUUAAACAAA